CUCUCUGGUUGGGACGUUGGGCGAGGCAACCACCAUCACCAUGGAUGCUGCUGCCACGGCUGAGAGUGAGAGGAGACGGAUAACAACCAACGGUCACCUUGUCCUUUGUCCACGACCCACUGGCCAGCAGGUCUUCGUGGUCUCCUCUGCUCACAUCUGGACGGGGCCGCCUCCGAAGACCCACCCCUCGCCACUAGUCUCCGGCUCCAGCCCCCUUCUUCUCACCCUCGCCGUGCGCGCUCCCGCUCCACGCUCCUAGCCGGGGAAGGCCACCUCUCCCUCCCAGCCUCCACCCGGAGAGAUCCACCGACCAGCUGAGCUAAGCCAUGGUCUUCACGGAGAGCGACGGGUGGCGCAAGUGGUGGGAGAAGCGCCGGCGGGACUGCUCCGACUGCGAGUGCAGCUGGACCGUGGCCGUCGUCUGCCUGGUCGUCCUGGCCGUGCUCGGGGGCGCGCUCGCCCUCCUCAUCCUCGCCUUCGCCGUCGUCAUGCCGCCCACGGCCACCGCCGACGACGCCCUCCUCACGCGCUUCGACCUCGCCCCGGCCCCCAACUCCACGUCCACGGCGAGGCCGCCGCUCCAGCUCCUGUCCUACAACGCCACGGUCACCGUCUCCCUGCGCAACCCCAACCUGCACUACGGCAUCACCUUCGGGGCCGUCGCCGCGGCCUUCUCCUUCAACGGCACCCGCUUCGACGAGUCCGCCACCGUGCCGACCCUCGCCCUCGGCGCCCGGAAGGAGACCGCGGUGCGUCUCAGGGUCGGCGGCGCCGGCCGCGCCCUGCCCAAGCUGCCGGCCGCCGGCGCGGCGGAGUUCGCCAAGCAGAAGGACGCCGGCGUGUUCGACGUGGAGGUGCGGCUGGACACGGUGAUGCAGUACAAGGGCCGCAAGGCCAAGUGCCCCCUGGGGAUCGUCUGCCCGCUCCGGCUGCAGCUCGUCGACCCGGACGUCGCCGCCACCGCCUUCCAGAAGACCAAGUGCACCAUCCUCAGGGCCAAGAUCUCCGGCUGCUAGCCCGCCCGCCCGCCCGCCGUUGCCAUCACUUGAUUUGGUUUGGUCUCAUUUCCGUCUGUAAAAAUCGGUUCUUGCUCUGUCUUCUUCAUCAGUACUAGUAGUAGUGGAGAACAUGCAUCAAUGUCUCUUCUAGUGUCACCCAAACAACGAAUUUCCCCUAGUUGGUGUAACUGUUGGUAGAUUAGAGGUUGCAGAACUAUUACUGCAGAUCAUGCAACAUCUCUAUUCAUCUUUCACAAAGAAAAUACCAAAUUAUAAAUAUAAAUAUAAAUAAAUCCAAUAAAAGUUAAAAAAAGAACACAAAUGUUAGAAAUAAAUAAAUACGGGAAAAAGAGAGAAAUUUCAAAAAUUCGGCACAUGGGCCGGCAAAAUGGCCCUUGUUCUUUGCUAAAAGCGGAAUAUAUUUCUAUGAGUUAGUUUUUUAUACAUUAGGAACAUUGUAUUUACUCUCUACCUAUUUAUUACGUUUAAUAAUAGAAUGACCUCUAUUUAAAAAAACAAAAGAAAUUUGAAAAGACAAAAAAAAUAGAAAACGUUAAAAAAGCAAAAAAAAAAGAUGCGGGAAACUUGGGAAAAUUGUAAAUUCGACACAUGGGCUUGCGAAAUGGCUCUUAUUCUUUGCUUAAGGUAAGUGAAUUGCAAAAAACAGCACAUUCGCUUCAGACAUUAGGAUUUGCCACCACGUUCCCCGGCCGCCCAAAAAUCUAUAACUCUAGUGGUAAAAAAUAUCAAUAAACAUGGAUGACCAAUUUGAACCAUUUUAAUCCGAUUUCGGACAUGUCGGGCUCGCUGGUCAGUGCCAUGUGGCACUAAGAAUUAACAAUGUUUGUUUUGACCAUUAAGCCAGAUGUGGGGUUUAGGGCUUUAAGUAAGUGAUAAUGUUGAUCCUCAGGCCCUGGUGGAGCUGGCACACCUAUCUCUUCAACCUUCUAAGCCUUCAACUCCCUCCACAUGUCUUUCCCGAUGAACAUCUCCGACAUGGUGCUCAUGAGAAGACUUGCACAUCUCGAACAGAUAAUUGAACAGUUUGUCUAAUUCAUAUCUAGAUGUUUUUUAAGGAUGUCACAUCUAAACUCCCACAAAUAUAUAAUGUAGCAACAAAAAACAAAAAAAAAAUACUAUAACAAGAAAAAAAAUACAAACAUA